GGAGACGAAUAUUCCCCUAUAAAAAUUAAAAUUGUCUAACAUUAAUUAACUUGGUGUAAUUAGAAUUGCUCCAUUAAUUGAUUGCUUCAGAAAUAAUGUCCAGUAUAAAUUACACGACUCGUACUGAAGGUCAAACCAAGAUAAAUACUAUAAUAUGGACGGUGCCAAACUUCAUCAACUUGCUAGAAAAUAAAACUGCGAGAGAAUUUCGGACGGAAAAGUCGAAGGAUCCCAAUAUGGCUGAAGUAGUGGACUCGAGAUUUCAAUUAAAGAUGCAGUUCUUAGGGCGUGAUAACGAUAUUAUCGAGAUAUAUUACUUGUCACCUAAUCCUGUGUUUUUGAAAUCGAUUCUCACAAUAUGUUUAAAAAGAUUCGAAGAGCGAUCUAUCGUUAUAAAGGAGUAUCACACUGUACAAGCUAACAAAUGGCAGUAUUUAGCUACGUUGUUCAAACGAGACAUAGCCAGCUACGAUGGACGCGACAUUUUCUUGCUUAGUGAUGGCAGCCUACGGUUAAAAUUCCAAUUCAUGGUCACAAAUGAUAUAAAAGUUGAUAGAACCAAUGUUCCUGAGGCGCAAUUGAGUAAUGACUUUGAGAAUUUACUUAAUAAUGGAUUAUUUUCUGAUGUUACAAUGAAGUCUGCAGAAAGCGUUGAAUUUAAAGUUCAUAAGGCAGUUUUAGCGAGCCGUAGCGCUGUAUUGAAGGCGCAUUUUGAACACAACACUACAGAGUGUUUUACGAAUGAAGUAGAAUCUCCUUUAGAAGCUGAAGUUCUUAGAGAAGUACUUACUUUUAUAUACAGCGACAAAGCACCAAGAGUGGACGAGAUACCUGAAAGACUACUUGCGGCUGCAGAUUAUUACCAACUGAGCCGGCUUAAAAGCUUAUGUGAGGAAGCAUUACAUAAGAAAUUAACAGUAGAAAAUGCUAUAGAAACAUUACAAUUAGCGGAUUUACAUUCGGCAAAUACCUUGAAACAAUUAACCUUGGAAUUCAUUAAAGAUGGUCAAGCUAAGCUUAUCACUAAGACUGAAGGUUGGGCUAAAGUGAAAUCAGUAGAGCUAAUAAAAAGAAUUUAUGAAUACAUAAUGGCUGAUGAUAUUGAAGCCGAUAUAAAGUAGAUUGUUAUUUCAUAUUUACGCCACAUGGUCUCAUUAGUGUAUUCAUGUUGAAGUAUUUAUUAUUAUAUAGACAAUUUUAAAUAUGUACAGUUAUAUAAAUUUUAUUAUUUAUUACGUAUACCUAAUACCUGAUUGGAAAUUUUCUUACAGACUGGUAUAAGUUACAGACAUACUUUUACAUGUG